ACCGCCGAUCCGCUCUAAGGGCUCCUCACUCGCUUCUCGAAGGCGAGCUCUGCCCGACCUUCCGCUUUAGUUCGCUCCGCUCCGGCUCGACCAUCUCAUAUCCUCGCUCGCUUCUUCUCCCGUUGCUCGAACCACAGCUCUUCUUCUCCGUCGUGUGCUCCGCUCGACCAUCUCAUUUGCUCGCUCGCUUCUUCUCCCGUUGCUCGAACCACAGCUCUUCUUCUCCGUCGUGUGCUCCCGCUCGACCUUCUCAUAUGCUCGCUCGAUUCUUCCCCCGUUGCUCGAACCAUUGCUUUUCUUCCCCCUCGUUUGCUCGCUCAGACGCGCGUCUACCCCUCUAAUCAGUCUUUUUUCCCGUAGUUCCCUCGGCUGGUCCGGUCUGUUACCCCACUCCGGCUGGUGCGCUUGAGGACCUUCGUUGUGAAUUGACUGAGAGUAGCUUCUUCGGCCUGCCUGAUCUGUACGCGCACUUCAGCUGGUGCGAUUGAGGUUUGCUCAUUAAGGCCAAAGAGAGGGUAGUAGUCUGCCUUCCGCGGCGAGGUUGGGGAUUUGGAUGAGAGUAAGUCCUGCGGACGGUCUGGUCUGUUCGCGCACACCAGCUGGUGCGCGAGGUGCUUUCUCUUGCAUUUCAAAGCAACGGCAGUGGUGGGGGAAGAUGUCGAUGUCGGUCAUGGCCCGGAGGCUCGGGGGAGUCACACCCCGACGUGAUACAGAGGAUAUAGAGCUUGGUUCGGCCGAACCGACCGAACCAAAGUCGGCUUCGUCGCCUUUCAUUACUGUCGUCCUGCUGCUGGUGGGGAUUAUCCUCAUCACAAGUUACUCAAAUUACACACCCGGUUCUGGAAAUGUACACAUCUCCACAGAUGACGAUGAUGAUGAUGCAGCCAACCGAGUAGAAUGUCCGAUCAAUGUGUGUGGAGCGAUACCCAUACUUAAACAGCUCUAUGGGGAAAUAAUGGGUCGCUCGCUGCAUAUGGGUCCGGAGAGCUGCGGAGUUGUGUCCAAGCUUCGCGAAGAAGGCAACGAGGUGUGGGGCAUUCAACCCCACACCUACGUAAUGCACGGGCCCCUGCACAUUAUGUGCAGAGAGCUCAUAAAGAAAGGUGUUGUCCGUAUUGGGGAUCCUUCUAGGAUUCCCUAUCGGGCGAAAUCAUUCUCGUUUGUGCUAGUAACUGGCACCCUGGAGCCGAUGAACUCAAAAGAGCUGAAUCAAACUCUGCGCUAUUUGGCUCGUAUUACCACCCACAGGCUGGUGGUGAUAGUAGGAGACGGAGGAGACGGAGCAGGAAGGGCAAAUGUCGCCGGCAAAGUCCAGAAAACACCCAAGCCUCGUAGCAGGAGUUGGUGGCAACGGCGAUUGCAGGGUGUUGGAUUGGAGGAAGAUGAGGACCUCGCAAGGAGGUUUCAAACUCUUCAAGCCGCGACGACGUUCAAAACGUCCUCCAACAUAUUCCACCUGCGCGUUCCCCAUAGCGAACAGCAUUAAAUCCAUCAUCAACAACCAAUGGAUGGAAUUCAUAUUGUGGAUUCGAGGCGAUUCCAAACGAGCGGUUACCGCGGGCAUCGAUCGACCACCAGCAUUUACGAGAGGGUCAUUUUUUUUUGACCCUCCUGUACAUUGUAGUAGUAGUUGUGGCGAGUAGUAGUAGUUGAUACAAGUGUCAAAAUUGUGAGAUAUUGUCAAAAUGAAGAUUUUAGCAAAUUGUUCCAUAUCGGUCUUCAUGUACAUUGUACUCAAUGCAAUAUAGUUUAAUCAUAUUUACACACUGUAAAUAUGAUUAUUUUUACCAC